GUUGGAGUUUUCAAAGGCGAGUUUUUCACUUCCUCGUUAAUCAUGGCGGAUGAGAAUGAGACAGCACCGAAGCAGGAGAAAGAAGUGGAACUAGAUGAGGACCACGGACAUUGCAGCGACUGCGAAAAUGAAGAGCAUCAUUUCGAUGAUGGAGAAAAGGGAGACACAGGGGCCAAGAAGAAGAAAAAGAAACAGAAGAAAAAGAAGGACAAAUCUGGAGGAAAGGACUCGGCCCAGGACCCGCUGGCCAAAGUGAACUCUCUCCCUGCAGAUAAGCUCCAGGAGAUUCAGAAAGCCAUCGAGCUCUUCUCAGUGGGACCAGGACCAGCCAAAACCAUGGAAGAGGCCUCACGCCGUAGCUACCAGUUCUGGGACACUCAGCCUGUCCCUAAACUAGGAGAGAUGGUGACGACGCACGGCUGCAUUGAGCCGGAUAAAGAUCACAUCCGAGAGGAGCCGUACAGCCUUCCUCAGGGUUUCGUCUGGGAUGCGCUGGACCUCGGCAACCCCGCUGUGCUAAAGGAGCUGUACACUCUCCUGAACGAGAACUACGUGGAGGACGAUGAUAACAUGUUCCGCUUUGACUAUUCACCCGAGUUCCUGCUAUGGGCGCUACGUCCUCCAGGCUGGUUGCCGCAGUGGCACUGUGGCGUGAGAGUGAACUCCAAUCAUAAACUCGUAGGCUUCAUCAGUGCCAUCCCAGCCACCAUCCGCAUCUACGACAUAGAGAAGAAGAUGGUGGAGAUUAAUUUCCUGUGUGUGCACAAAAAGCUGCGCUCCAAACGCGUGGCUCCGGUGCUGAUCCGAGAGAUCACCAGACGGGUCAACCUGCAGGGCAUCUUCCAGGCUGUCUACACUGCCGGAGUUGUACUGCCCAAACCUGUGGGGACCUGCAGAUACUGGCACCGAUCUCUGAACCCACGGAAGCUGAUUGAAGUGAAGUUUUCACACCUGAGUCGGAACAUGACUAUGCAACGCACUAUGAAGCUCUACCGGCUGCCAGAGGCUCCGAAGACCGGAGGCUUGAGGCCGAUGACGGUGAAGGAUGUCCCGGUUGUGCACCGCCUGCUGCAGGAUUAUCUCCGUCAGUUCAACCUGGCUCCAGUCAUGAGCACGGAGGAGGUGAAGCACUGGCUCCUGCCCCAGGAGAACAUCAUCGACACCUACCUGGUGCAGAAUCCCGAGGGGAAGGUGACCGACUUCCUGAGUUUUUACACCUUGCCGUCCACCAUCAUGAACCACGCGGUUCACCGCAGUCUGAAGGCGGCCUAUUCCUUCUACAACGUGCACACCACCACGCCACUCAUCGAUCUAAUGGGAGACGCACUCAUCUUGGCCAAAUCGAAAGGAUUUGACGUUUUUAAUGCACUGGACCUGAUGGAGAACAAGACGUUUCUGGAGAAGCUGAAGUUUGGUAUCGGAGACGGGAAUCUACAGUAUUAUCUCUACAAUUGGAAAUGCCCCAGCAUGGGCUCAGAGAAAGUCGGUUUAGUCCUGCAGUGACCCUCUUGCCUCAUCAAAGCCCUUCCUUGCGUCAUAGUGAAGCCAAGAACUGACGUCACGCACUGACCACCUGACUGAUGCUCCGGAGGGACUUCCAGGUUUAGGAAGAAAAAGCCACCGCCCAUUAUUAUUAUUAUUUUUUAAUUUUUAAAAUUUUUUUUUUUUUUUUGCAGAACUUUGAACUUUUGGAUCUGCACUACUGCUGCCAGGCUGUCUUCUCUUUUUCUCCCCCCCCCCCCCCCCCCCUUUUCUCUGUGUCUCCUUUUCUUUUUAGUCUGGUUCUUGUUUUUCUUUUUCUUUUUUUUUUUCUUUUCUUCUUUCUCCCUCAGCCAAUGUAAUUAAUUCCGAUCGUCUACGAUCACAGCCAUUGCGAUUGUGGAUUGUGAUGCGAGUGCGAAUCUGCGCUCAGAAACAGCAGCUGCUUCUUCAUGCCGUUUCCAUGAUGCUCGCUCUGACAGUGAAGAGACUCAGUCCAGCCGUUUUCUCUCCCCAUUCAAAUGUGAGGUGUUGGUUGGGUUUUUGGGUUUUUUUUUUUUUUCCAGAAAAGAAAAGAAAAAAAGAGAACUGUUAUACGCGCUUGGUGUUUGUAACAAAACAAUCAAAAACACUAGAAAUUGCUUGAAACAGAGAAAGAAAAAAAACACAGAUGAGGUAAUAAAACUCCAGAGUGGACAUUACAAGGGCUGACGUCAGUAAUUUUCUCCUUUACUCAUCAUGACAGUGUCACUGAUUAAUUGAUGUCAUACAUAGUGUAAGGGAGAGAUUAUUAUAAUUUUUUUUUUUUUUUUUUUUUUUUUAAACCCCUUUGCUUUUAUAUUUUUUUUUCUACUUGUUGGAUCGCUGCUUUGUCACUAACUGACUGCCUGUGAUUUUACUGUAAUGCUAACAGAGAAACCCUGUGUAAAUACACAAAUAACACGUAACAGCAAAAUAAUGAUAAAAUAAAUGAAUGAUAGUAGUCCAGACCAUGGACAUGGACUAAUGAUUAAUCCCAAGAGGUCGAAUGCUGACUGGCAUGAAUAACCAGUGUGUUGGAAAGGUGGAGACGCAUCAGGGGUUGUGAGCAGGGUUGAAAUAAAUAUUUAAACACAGAGUUGAAUACAAUGUUUUUGUUUGUUUUGUUGGUAAGUGGUCUAAGUCAAAUCUAAUUGCAAUCCUCAAAGUUUUACUGCUGCAGGAUGAUGACCGUACAGCGGGAUCAAGCAUCUGAGAACUAGUUCAGCGCAACGUAUUCUCCAGUGUGGUUCAGUGUUUUAUAUACGGGAAGUGUUGAAUUAAAGCCAUAGUGUUGAACUGACACAGUUAUAAAGGCACACCUAGAGCAGAAGAAGUUUGAGUUUAUUAUGAGUUUGGGUUUCUUUGCCGAUAGUAUGGAGGAAACGGAACUGAAGACCACUUAACCGACUGUAUUAGGACAAAAAAAAAAACAUCAUCAUCAUUUGCUUUUCAUGUUGGAGCAAGAAAACAUUGUCAAUAUGGAGAAUUUUUUUUGUGCUAAAUAAAAGUAGAAGUUGCUGUGAGUGCUGA